AUGAGUGCCGCUAAGAAAGUUGCCGUCAUCGCGACGAGCACUCGAACCCCACGCAUUGGAACUAAGGUCGCGGAACUGGUGAAAGACACCAUCACCACAGAUGCUACCACCAAUGGCAUCGAUCUGAAUCUUGUAGAAGUCUCUUCUUUCAGACUUCCCGUCUUCGAUGAACAGAUCAUUCCCGCCCAGGUCCCAGCUGCAGGUGACUUCGCCCACGAGCACAGCAAAGCGUGGAGCAUGGAAAUCGCCAAGUACGAUGCCUACAUCAUUGUGGUUCCAGAAUACAACUACGGCCUGCCUGGCGGCACCAAGAAUGCCAUUGACUACUUGUAUAACGAGUGGAUCGGCAAACCCAUUGCUGUAGUCAGCUAUGGCAUCAUGGGUGGCAACUCGGCGUCAGCGCAGGCGCAGAAGACGCUGGAGGGCAUGAAACUCCGGGUUGCGCCGACGCGACCGGCGCUUGCUUUUGCGGGUGGGGCCGGACCGGAUCUGGUGGCUGCCAUGGGCCACGGAGAGAUCGGGGAAGAGUCGCGGAAGAAGUGGGAGGGAGAAUCGGAGAGCAUACUCAAAGCCUUCGAUACUGUGCCGCUUGGCUCUGCAUUAGCCGGAAAUUCUCGUCGCAUCGGCUCACAAUUUGAUCCUUUAUCACCCUUCGCCUUUUGUUCUCCCUUUUCCCUUCUUUUCCACCAUGCGCCUUUCAUCGCCGUCAUUCGUUUUCUGUCCUUCAUCGUCAUGAGGACGUCCGCUCUUUUCGCGCUCAGUGGCUGCGCUGCCACUGCCCUAGCGCAAGUCCAUCUACCGUUCUCCCAUCGACCUCAGCCGAAGGCCAGUAGCAAUGUCGAAACCAGGGACGUGGCGGACCGUCGAUCAGUUUCUGCGAUGGAUGUUUACGUGACGGAUUGGAAUUAUUUGGUCAACGCCACUGUCGGUACACCGCCACAAGAUAUUUCCUUGAGAGUCUCCGUGCAGGCUGAGCACACCUGGGUCCCAAACGCCAAGUAUUGCGACUAUUACAACUAUAGCGACUAUUACGAUUCUUCUUCCACCAGGAGCGCCUAUUACCUCGAUUCAUAUUCGUGCAAAUACGGCGCAUUCCAGAGCAACGAGUCAUCCACCUACGUCAACCCCGGCACCGAGGACUUUAGCACUAGGUACUCGGUCGGCCGAGCUAAGGGAGAAUGGAUUAGCGACACACUAGGCGUGGCUGGCAGCCAGAUAUCCAAGAUGAUCAUGGGCUAUGUUCAAUCGGCAGAUGUAUUGAUCGGUGUCCUUGGCCUGGGUUUCAACACCACCGGAAGUGCACAAUCUACCGCGAGCCCGAGCAGUACCUCGAAUUAUCCUACCGUUCCUGAACGCCUCGUACAAGAUGGUCUCAUUAGCUCCCCCGCGUACAGUCUCUGGCUGGACGAUUCAUCCGCCACGUCUGGGAAUCUUUUGCUGGGUGCGAUCGAUACAUCAAAGUUUGAGGGCCCUCUUCUUCGUUUCUCAGUGCGCACAACGGGGUCAUGGUCAACAAGCAGGCGAUUUGACACCUUCAUCACGUCCUUCAAUGGUAGUAAGUCAGAUACAGAUGACCUACAGCCUCUCGGAGAAUCUUUGCGUCAACAAACCGACGCAUAUGACACCUCGGACCUAGUGCUUCUCUCGCCAGAUGCUGCUUUAUCAGUGCUACCCGACGACAUAGCCUUAGAUCUUUGGGCUCUGGCUGGCGCUUCCUGGAAUGAUGACCUCGGCUACGCGAUUAUUGCUUGCACGGAAAACACCACCACGGGUCGCUUGGCUGUGCAGCUGUACGGAUCGGAGGGACCUGUGUUGAAUGUAGCUCUUGCCGACCUCGUGGUGUCUCAAGAUGUUUGGUCCCAUUCGGAGUGGUCUUGGGAGACCGAGUCGGCCUCCGAGUACUGCCUGUUUGGAGUCCAGUCGGAAAAUUCCACCUCGACAUACACGUCUUCUUCCUAUCCAUACUCCUUGGGCAAUACAUUCCUCAAACAUUCCUACAUGGUAUUUGACCUAAUCAAUGAAGAGAUUGGCUUUGCGAAGACAAAGUUCAGCAGCACGCAGACGGAAAAUCUAGUUCCGUUCUCAAGCCUCGGAGCUCAGAUCCCCGCGUCAACGAGCGUCAUGCCGGAUUGGUGCUCAUCUACCUCAUCUCAAUGUCGAACAGGUGAUUCGGGUUCGGGCUCCGGAGGCGGAUCCUAUGGCGGUGGUACAACCUACCUGGGCGAUGGCUAUUACCCUGGACAUCUCCCGCUGGAGGCAAACCUAGCCAUCGGCCUCAGUGUCGGUGUCUUCUGCACUAUGGUCAUGGGUCUGUCUAUCUGGGCCAUCAGACGAGGCCGUCGCAUUAGAAAGGCCCAGAAAGAGCUGGCUGAAAAGCAAGCCGACGUGGAACCCGGCGGCGAGACACAGGUCGGGGCCGCCGAUGGAAAUGCUGUCAACUUGGCUCAAGAAGCCUUGCGUCCUCAACAUCCGCCAGCUGCAGUGGCUCGAGAUCCUUCUGUAACAGAUGCAGAUGCAGAGCAACGUGCUACUGGAAUUGUGGGAACUGCCAAGUGA